CUUCAACAGCGAAACCACGUAUCGCCUCAACUUCACCAAACCCUCUAUUCCUCCAUCACUCAUGUUGAACCACUUCAGUAUCUUCUAGUCUUAUCUCAACAUGGACAGUCUCGAGGCACUUCGAGAGCGCCUCAAUGAGACUCUCAUCCCCCACGCCCAACGAUAUCCCCUACAAGCUAUCCUCGUCACAACCAUAAUCCUCUUCAUCACAACAAGACUCUUUACAGGCAGUUCAUCUUCUUCUAGAAAGGAUGGAUCAAAAACACCCCCUCUUGCGCCCUUUUGGGUACCCUUGUUCGGCCAUGCUCCGCGUAUUUUCCUCAGUCCUUCUUCAGCUUUGACGCGCUUCAGAGAUCGAUAUGUCCAGGGUGUCUUUUCACUCCGCUUAUUCCAGAGCAUUCACUCUUUUGUGUUUCGACCUUCUCUUGUGGCUCGUCUUCUUGAGCAGCCGGGAUCUAUCGCUGACAAGGAGUAUGUCGCUCGACGGAUUAUGAUGACCAAUUUUGGCCUUGAGAAGAAGGAUCUUGCUGCUUAUGAUAAAGCUGCUCCUGAGGUCUAUCAAAUCACCAGGGAGUAUCUGAGCGGCUCUCAUCUCGACACCCUCGCCAAUGCUGCCCUUCGCGAUCUUGACGACAAUGCUGCUGAUGCAAUCUCUUUCAACAGCUAUCCCACUGAUCAGAUGGACUGGGAGCGAGGGGCCAAUGCGGAGCUUUUGGAAAAUACAGGAGACGAAAAGAUCAUGGCUGUGGACUUCUUCGAACUCAUGAAAACCUUCGUCGCUAGAACUGCCACCAUCUCAGUCUUUGGCACAGACUUCGUCGAGGUCUACACCGAUAUCUGGCCUCAUCUGUGGAUUUUCAACGAUGCUUUCCACUCGCUCGCAAUGGGUGUCCCCGUCUGGGCGCCUUUCCCAAGCUCCCAGCGCGCCAGAUUUGCUCUAAAAAGGCUACUCACUUUCAUGCGCGAGUAUCAUACUGAGUUGGACAAGUUUCUCAGUGAUGAAGAGCCGGCGACGAAAUGGCAGGACUUUCACACCAUCAGCCCUCUUGUACGCGCCAGGACUGAAGUCUAUCGAAAGCAUGGUCUGUCCAUUGAUGUUCGCGCUGCAUUCGAUGUUGCUCUUCUUUGGGCGACUACUGUCAACUCUACGUCGCUCAUCUCCUGGUCUCUGUUCGAGUUGUAUCAGGACCAAGUUCUUCUAUCUCAAAUCCGCGAGCAAAUCACACCAUUCGUCAAGAUCGUUCAGCCUAAGAACGAAUUCGGUGGCGCUGUCUGGAUCCCUCCUCAGGUUCAGAAACUCGACCUAGAAGGUCUCGUUACUAAAUGUCCUUUGCUUCAAGGGGUAUACCUUGAGACAUUAAGGUUAUACGGUGGAGGGUGGUCAUCGAGAUACCUGAAGGAGGAUGUGAUUCUCAAAGACAAAGAAGACAGCUUUGUUCUAAAGAAGGGAACGGUCGCACACAUUGUGAAUGACCUUCAUCACUCUGAUCCUAGAAGCUUCACAGACGCCAAGGUCUGGCAAGUCGGGCGAUAUAUAGAAGAUACCGUGGAUAAGAAGGGUGUCAAGACACAGAAGGUUGACCCGUACACAGUCCGAGCAUCAGAUGGAACAUUGACGAUGUGUGACGACUCGGAGUUUACGUUGAGAAAGGUCGCCAUGUACAUCUCGGUGUUUAUCAGCCUUUACGAACUCGAACCCGCCGGUAGUGAGAGAUGGCCAUCGCCGCCGGUAGUCAAGGGAGUUGCUUCAGCGCAACCGUGGGGGUCUGUUAGACUGUGGGCAAAGCGAAGGUCGCCGCAACCUCAAUGAGUGGCAUGCUUGCCUCCUUGAGCUGAACCAACAUGUUGGUGGUUCAAAGUUCUGGGACACACUGGACAUACCAUAUAAUACAUUGCUUGACAUGCACCAACUUUCGUCAGGUUCAUGCUACUUACGUGAAGAGUUGCCAUGGCUGAACAUGGGCUUUCAAGAUUAUCAGCACAUCUUUACUACGAGCCAAGCCGUCCGAGGUUAUCUAACUUGUCACAACAACCAACCGGCAGUUCAACUCAAGGCUCAUUUUCAUGGUCAUUAUAACUUCAGAGUCUCAUCACUCAUCGCUGCCAUUACAGCCUGUUUCAAGAUCCCAGCUCAUAUGUGAGCCCUAGUGGGGCGUAGUGUCUCCCCCAGCAGAAAAAUUACCCACAACACCAAAAAGAUGAUCUCGAGGAGCGUAUCUCCCCCGGGAAGGCUCGAACUUCCGAUCUCCCGAUUGUCUGCAAGUAACAGUCGGACGCUUUAGCCAACUAAGCCACAGGGGAUGAGCUGAUUUGAUGAUGGCCGCCACGGAAUCGGGUGCUAUGUUGGCGACGGUUGCUGUUUCAUGACGGUUGAGACGGAAGAUGUGAGAGAUCGAGAGGUUGAGUCUUUGUGAGGAGCGGUUGGAUACGAGUUGAGUUGGGUUUGGUUGGUUUGAGUUUGUGGAGAAACGGUGGUGAAACGAACAGAGGGAGGUGUAGCAUCAUCCAAUCCAGUUCUGGUGAUGUCAGCUCAGAGGGGAUUCAGUCCACCGGUUAGACAAUGCCAGACAACAGAAGUAAAAGAGCAUCCGUUCAAUAUUUCAUACGAUCAAAGAAAGAUACAAAGAUAUGAAUCAAAGUUCUCCAACAUGUCUCAC